AUUUUCUUUCUCAACAGAGGAGGAGGCCAAGCCAAAAUUCAACAAGCCAUUUAUCAUGCCCAACCUCAUUCCUCCCAAGAUCCCAGAUGGAGAGAAAGUGGAUUUUGAUGACAUACAUCGUAAGAGGAUGGAGAAGGACCUGAUGGAGCUUCAGACUUUGAUCGAGGUUCACUUUGAAAGCAGAAAGAAGGAAGAAGAGGAGCUCAUUAAUCUCAAAGAGAGGAUUGACAAGCGCCGUUCUGAGAGAGCAGAGCAGCAAAGAAUCCGCAGUGAGAGAGAGAAGGAGCGACAGAAGCGUCUUGAGGAUGAAAGAGCUCGUAAGGAGGAGGAAGAGGCCAAGAGGAAAGCAGAGGAUGACGCCAAGAAGAAGAAAACCCUGACCAGCCUGCACUUUGGAGGUUACAUGCAGAAGUUGACAGAGAAACGGAGUGGUAAGAGGCAGACUGAGAGGGAGAAGAAGAAGAAGAUCCUGAUUGAAAGGCGUAAACCUCUGGACAUUGAGCACUUCGGCCAGGAGAAACUCAAGGACAAAGCUAAGGAGCUGUGGGAGUGGAUGUACAAGCUGGAGGCAGAGAAAUUUGAACUGCAGUACGAGUACACCAGACAGAAAUAUGAGAUAAAUGUGCUGAGGAACCGUGUCAGUGACCAUCAGAAAACAACCAAGAGGACCAAGAGAGGGUUAAGGAAAUAAGACACUGACUGAACGAACAGUGUAACCAUCGGCCUCAUCCUGCAGCCAACGCCUCAAAUCAAACCCCAGCCUUCCUGUCACACCCCAGUCACACCUGUUUCCCCAAUUCCACCACCUAUAAAUUAUAUCCAGUUCGAUCUCAGUGUGUUGUUUUUUCCGAUUCCCACCCUUCAAAUUAGAUGCUCUGUGUUUAUGGGUGUAAAUAAAACAAUCUCAGUUAAAUCAACCGUCUCUUGCAUGUUAAGACCUUUCAGAGAGUGUGUGUUUGUUUAUUGGCAUCCAAAACGCCACAGAGUGUAAAAUGAGUCUAACUCUAAAAUGACAUGAAUGUAGCCUAUAGCAAAGACAGGAAGAGACAUCUUUCAACUCAG